GAGUAAUGAAUGGAUUAACUGUACUCGAUUCUUACGAAGCAACUUUUGUUGUAUAUUGUUGGAGAUAAAUGAAGAUAAGUUGUAAACAUAACAUUACGACUAUGAUAAAACAGCGAUAAUAUUUACGUAAUUUAUGUAACAUUAUUUGUUCGAGAUUCACGGGUGUCGGUUGUCUUGGUCCAGAUAAAACAUGGUUAUACUCACAGCUCGUGGCUUGAUGCCCCCAGUUUUCACCCCCCUUAAUGAUGACUAUUCAAUCAACUAUUCAGCCAUUGCUGGUUACGCCAAAUAUUUAGCGGAUAAUGGAAUAAAAUCCGUUCUCGUGGGUGGUACAACUGGUGAGAACAUGUCCCUCGCUGUCUCUGACAGGAAGAAGCUCGUCGACGAGUGGGUGAAGGUGGCGAAGUCGACUGGCCUGCAUGUUCAGGUGCAAGUCGGCGGUGCACCGCUAGCUGACGUUUUAGACCUGGCGAGCUACUGUCAGAGAGCGGGUGCUGACUCGCUACUCACUCUACCAGAGUUGUACUUCAAGCCAGCUAAUGUAAGCGAGCUGGUAUAUUACAUCGGGCUGGUCGCCAGCGCCGCGCCCAAACUACCAGUGUUGUACUACCACAUCCCCAGCAUGAGUAGGGUUGAAAUCAAUAUGCCGGCAUUUGUCACGGAGGCCACCGCAUGCAUCCCGAACUUCAAAGGUCUGAAGUUUACAUCAAAUGACCUCAGCGAGGGCGCUCAAGUACUACGGGCACUGAAGAAGGACCAAGAGAUGUUCCUUGGAGCUGAUACACUCCUAGCUCCUGCCGCUCUCCUAGGAAUUAAGUCCAGUAUCGGUACCACGUUCAACCUGUUCCCACGGCUGGCUCAGGAUAUACUGGACGCUGUGGAGAAUAAUGACGUUGCUAAAGCCAGGGCACUGCAGGAGAAACUCAGCUUGGCCAUCGAAGCACACACUGUUGAAGGACCCUGGGUGCCUAUAAUGAAGGCGGGUAUGGAAAUCGUGUCCGGUAUUAAAGUAGGCCCUCCGUCUCAACCACAGAGGGAAAUCUCAGCUGAGGCGAAACAGAGGAUUCACGCGAAACUCAGGGGCUUAGGGCUGGCUAAAUAAAUCGAUAUUUAUCAUGUCUGUUAAUAAAUGUUUGAACAAAAUUAA